AAUUUAUUUUGGACGCCAGUUAUUACAACGAUAUUUCAUUUUUUUAAUUUACCAAAUAUUUUUAAUAAUAGAUAGUAUUUGGGCGUUUGUGACUUUGUUUGAAAAAUUUGCGGAAACUCUUUUCAAAAAUGAAGAAAUAAUUACAACAAAUAAUUAUAUUAUUAAUAAUAAUAAACAUUUAUAAUAAGUAUAAUAAAAACAAUAAUAAUAAUAAGAAUAAUAAUAAUAAUAAUAAUAAUAAUGUGUACUACAACAACAACAACAACAACGACGACAACGAUGAAGACGAAGAUGAUGAACAUGAUGAUGCUGUUCUUCGCUAUCUUUAAUGGCACUCUGCCAGUCAUCACCUCAAUCCCGGUUCUCGGUUUCGGACUGGCCGCCUACCUCAUCUUUCAAAACCGGAAGAAGAAACGCCAUCUUGAAUCGCUGGCCGCCGAAGAGGUCGAACUUCUCGAGGAUGUCAAAGAUAUUGAAUCGCGUUUUCUAUGUCCGGAGUGCUAUAGUGCCACGUCGCAAGAGAAGUGUGAAGAAAAAAUUUCCGUCAACAACAACAACAACGACAACAACAGCAACAACAACAAAAGCAACAACAACAAAAGCAACAACAACAACAAUGAUAUUAAUGAUAAUAACAAUAGCGUUAUAAGUUUUAAUGAUCUAAUCGCUUAUUUCGCCAUCAGAGGUUUUGGUGGUAACAAAAAGGGCUUCGAUUGUAAGUGUACAAAAAGUGAUUAUGACGUCAUCAAUAAUAAAAACAACAAUGAUAAUUUCAAUAAUAAUAAUGAUAAUAAUAAUGAUAAUAAUAAUAAUAAUUAUGACGUAAUGUAUACUGAUGACGAUAAUGUUGACGGCGGUCUGAAAAUAAUCGGCGAAGUUGAUGGGAAGUACAUCUAUAAAAGCGACAACAACCACAUGAAUGCCAACACAACGGAAAAUGGCGACGACGACGACGACGAUGAAAAUUAUGAUGAUGAUCCUCUGGAAGACUUUGCUCCUAUUGGUCGCCCGCGUGCCUACGUCAUCGACCAUCGUGGGAAUUUCCAGAAAAAACAUUUUGCCACUUGCGAAAGUGAAACUAAAAAAAGUUUGAAAUUCGAUCGCCAUGAUGAUGACGACGAUGAUGAGGAGAGUGACGAGGCAAAUUCUUCGAAUGUGUUGAUCUACAAGAGGUCGAAAAAGCGCCACACCAUCACGCCGAAACUGGCGACAACAGCAGCAGCAACAACAACAGAAACGUCACUAACAGUAAAAACAUCACCACCAACAACAACAUCACCAACAACAACAAAAACAACAAUCAUUUAUGACGACAACAACAACAUCAUUUCUAAAACUAUAGCCGACGACAAUGCAGCAAUAGAACUUACUCUAGCUGCAACAGCUGUCAUCUCAGCUACCACAGCUGCUACCCCAGCUGCUACCCUAGCCACAAAAACAACUGAUGAAAGAGUGAAGGAUGAAGAUUUUACUGAGAUAGCUAGUAACUCGGCUAAGCAGCGAAAAGAAAGCAUGAAGAAUUUUAUGAGAUUGUCUGUUGCCAGCCAAGAUUCUGCAUUCAGUAUGGAUAGUGUUGAUAGUGAGAUUGUAACAGCGGACGCGGCCACAACAACCACACCCACGUGCGGCAACCACUUUGCAGUCGUCAACACAAACCCGUUGUCGUCAAUGAACAACCUCAACAACAUUCACCAUCAUGACGUCAUUAUCAGCAGCAGCAGCAGCAACAGCAACAACAGCAACAACUUGAACUCCAACAACCAAAAUGGUAACGUUAAAAAUCUCAUCUUCGAUUUUAAAAAUCGCCGUAAUUCGACUGGAAGUUUUUUAGCGAAACGCACCAGCAGUACAGCUACCACUACCAACAACAACAACAACAACAAAACUACAUCAAACAACAACAACAGCAACAGCAAUUCAAUAACUACUAGAACAUUCGAUUUUCCAUCGGAUCUGUGCGGUAGGUUGAUUGGCAAGCAGGGUCGAAACGUAGGAGUUAUGAAGAAAAAAUCCGGGGCGGAUAUAUGCGUCAAGCCUAAAAUUUAUUCCACAGAAUAUCAGACUGUCUGGGUUCAAGGCACGCAGCAGCAAAUAACGAAGGCCAUCCAUCUGAUAAGAAAAAAAUUCACUGAGAAAAAAUUCCCCAACGUGGAUUAUUCGCGGUGCACACCUGAUGUCCCCCUACUGAGCCCCACCCUCGUACAGCUUUCAAUGCCGGUAGGAGUGCCACUAGAAGUCUUGGUAACAAACGUCGUGUCAGCGAAUCACAUCUUCCUGCACCAGGUCAGCCAUCCGACCUUCACGAACCUCAGGAAGUUGACCUUGGAUAUGUCAAAGUGUUAUGACCUUGAGCGUGACGUGCCCGGACUUCCAAGGCCAAUCGAAAUUGGUGUGGUGUGUGUGGUGCCGCUAUACGGAUACUGGUACAGAUGCCAGGUGGUCCAAGUCUACCCUGACGCGGACAACUGCGAUGUCAAGUUGGUCGACUAUGGCGGAUAUAUUGUAGUUUCGGCUACUACCCUCAAACAAAUCAGAAGCGAUUUCAUGAAUCUGCCCUUCCAAGCCAUUGAAUGUUACCUGGCUAAUGUCAUACCUCUGAAAGACGAUAAUACGUUCAAACCGGAAAUGAAAGAAGCGCUAGAAAAAUUAGUAGGCGUGGCUGGGAUGAAAGCGGAAGUGGUAAGCGUCGAAAGUGACGGCGUCCCAUACGUGAAUAUCGAGCAAAGAACUGAAAAUAAAGUCUCCUCAAUCAAUCGGGAGAUGGUUGAAAACGGCUAUGCCAGAUGGAUUGAAAUGUAACAUGGCACAAACAUACAAACAUGCAUACAUACAAACAUGCAUACAUACAUACAUACAUACAUACAUACAUACAUACAUACAUACAUACAUACAUACAUACAUACAAACAUGCAUACAUACAUACAUACAUACAAACAUUUAUACAUGCAAACAUGCACAUACAAACCCACACGUAAAUAUACAUCCACUUUUGACUCACGAGACAAUACCACCGAUAUGUUUAAUUACACGAAAAAAAAUAAUAAUAAUAACUUAUAAUAAUAAUAAAAAUAAAAUAAUAAUUAUUAUUUUUUAUUUAUUCCAUUAUGAACGUUUCGACUUUUUGUUGGAUCUCUUCAAGCUGUUGUUAAAUUUGUGAUCAUAGAUGAACAUCAUCACCAACAUCAUCAUCAUCAUCACCAUCACCACCAUCAUCAUCAUCACCAAUGAUUUCAGGAUCAUAAUCAUUACUAGCAGCAUUACUAUCAUCACCGUCGUUAUCUUCGUCUUAUGCCAUUAAACUGUUCGUUUUUAACUUUCAUUUAAAUUAUUAAAGUCCAAAUGAAUUUGUGUUUGUGUAUUUGUAUGUGCAUUAUAUGUGUUUAUGUGCGUGUGUAUGUGUGUGUGUGUGCGUGUGUGUAUGUAUGUAUGUGUGUACGUAUGUAUAUAGCACUAUGGUUUGGUUUCAAUGUUAUUUGUUUUAAAGGCGUCUUUUAUUAUUAUUUGUUUCAUAACUUGUUUCUCGUUCUUAAAUUAUUUCUUCGUGAAUCAUCAUUCAAUUUGGUGCUAAAAUGCUUGUUAUUAUUAUUAUUUAGUGUUAUUAUUAUUAUUAUUAUUCUUUUUUAUUAUUAUUAUUAUUAUUCUUUUUUAUUAUUAUUAUUAUUUAUAUAACGCUCUGUUCUUAUUUACUAAACUAUUUUUGUUUGCUUUGUAUUAUGUAUUGUAUUAUGUGUAUUAUAUUGUAUUGUAUCGUCUCGUUUUGGUCCGUGUGGUAUCGUCUCGUUUUGGUCCUUGUGGUAUCGAAUCGUAUCGUUAUAUUUUGCAAAAUAAUUUACUGAGAGGUAUUAUACUGAAUUGUUAGGCGCUGUUUUAUAUUGGAACAAAUGGUAUUGCACGGUAUUGUUGGGUAUUGUAUUGAAUUGUAUCGAAACGUAUCGAAUUGUAUCGAUUUGGUUUAAAAAUCUCAGUUACAUUAGUCAAUUUGAAAAAAAUAAA